AUGGAUCCACAGAGUAGUAAUGCUCGAAACACAGAUGAUAUUGAAUUUGAAGAUGCUGAGGUCAAUGUCGGUCAUGAUGCUGUAGAGCAAUAUAGGAAUCCGACAUCAGACAACCACGUUCUCCUAGAUGAUCAGACUAAUGAAAGAUUGUAUAUUCCGGAGGUAGCUUCAUCAUGUGUUUCUGUUAUCGGAAUGGAAUUCUCUUCCAUAGAGCAAGCAUAUGUUUUUUAUCAGACAUAUGCCAAGAAGGCAGGGUUCUCUGCUCGAAAAGGAGGUGAAUAUCAUGUUGAUAAGUUUGUUCAGUCGCAUAAUCAUUCAUUCGUGUGCCCCAAAGAUAUGCAUUUAUUACCAGCUUAUGGACAUCUUUCCGAAACACAAGAAGAGAUGAUAUGGGAGUUUGGUACAUUGAAUCUUGGGCCAGUGAAAGCCUUCAAUAUAAUGAGACAAAGAUACGGAGGUUUUGAAAAUGUUGGCGCAACUAAAGACGAUUGCAAGAAUUUUAGAGCCAGGAUAAUAGCUAUAUCGGAGAUCGAUGAAAACAAACGAUUAACUGGCCUGUUCUGGGCCGAUGGCUUGUGCAAACGUAACUAUGCUGAGUUUGGAGAUGUCAUAUCGUUUGAUGCUACAUUUAAAACCAACAAGUAUAAAAUGGUUUUUGUACCUUUUACUAGUAUUGAUAACCACUGUCGGAAUGUGACGCUUGGAGCCGGGUUGCUAGCAUCCGAAAGCAUUGAAUCAUAUAAGUGGCUUUUACAAUCAUUUUUGGACUCAUUUGGUAAGCAGCCGAAGGUGGUUGUCACUGAUCAGGAUCCCGUGAUGAAACAAGCUAUCGAAGCAGUGUUCGAUAAGAGUAGGCACAGAUUAUGUAUGUGGCACAUAAUGAAGAAACUUGCUGAUAAGGUGGGACAUGAGUUGUGUAACAACAAAGAGUUCAAGAGACGUAUGUGUGACAUUGUAUGGACUGAUUCGAUUGCGCCAGAAACGUUUGAGAUAGAAUGGAAGCUGAUAGUGAUUGAAUUCGGUCUAACCGAGAAUAAAUGGAUUGAUGAUAUAUCAGAGAGCGAAAACCAUUUUUUCUGUCAAGUGGCGAAUUCUCAACUUACCCUUGUUGAGUUCUUUAACCAUUUUGAUGGUGCAAUGGACGUGCAAAGAUUUAACCAUCGGAAGAAUGACCAUAUAUCUAGAAAUACAAUCCCAGAUAACUUUUCUGAAUCUACUUUAGAGGAUGAUGCUAUGAAAAUUUACACCGGGUCAAUUUUUGCUGAUCAACAGUCAGAGUUACAAGGAACACUGUCCGAGUGCCUUCCUAUGGGGACUAAAAUUGAGGAACCAUUUUUGAAGAUAAGUAUGAAGGAUUGGAAAGCACACGGCGACGGUUUACUAGAGGUUUGUUUCAAGAAGGGGGAGAAUGUAAUUGCAUCAUGCAGUUGUCGCAGGUUUGAACAAUAUGGAUUGUUGUGCAAACAUAUAUAUUUUGUGUUCAAGAUGUUCAAAGUGAAAGAAAUUCCCAACAAGUACGUUAUGAGAAGAUGGACCAAAGACGUGGUACCGAAUGAUCUAAAUAAUACAUUUGAUUUAAGUGUUGAUGAUAAUGAUGCGCAUAAAAAGGCCAAAAAGGUUGCGUAUGAGAUUAUGCAGACCGGAGAGUAUCUUAUUGGUAACUUGAUGAAAGAUUUUGAUCAUAUUCUUGUAGUCAGGGAUCGGAUGAGGGAGAUGAAAGAAAUGGUUGAUGAACUUCGCAUAACCAAGCCCAUCGACCCUAACUUUGAUAGAUAUUCAAGGUUAAUCGGUUACGAGAAACCGAACACUGAUGCUCCUCCUACAGUCCAUGUUUUAAAGGGUAAAGCUAGUGCUGCCGAUAAGAAUGCCAAUAAGAAGGGGAGGAAAAGAAGAGCAUUUCAGUUAGAGAAUGAUCCUGGUUUAGUUGACGAAGAGGACGAUGAGGUAGAAACUGGUGAGGAAGACGAGUAUGAGGAGGUUGACGAAGCAGAUGAUAGUGAUUCUGAAUGGGAAGACGAAUGCGUGAUUAAUCAUAUCUAUACAGGACUAUCUGAAAUGGAGAUCUCAAAUGACCAUUAA